CAAGCACGUGGUUCAAUGAUGUCAUGGAGGGCGGAGGCUGUGAGUGCAGUGCCUGUAUGUGUGGCAGGGAGGGCAGGCGGUGGGAGGCUUAUCGGGCGUGCACAGGCGCUACAGGUCUAGCCCUCAUCUUCUCCUUACAUGUACAGAUGGAGGCAAUUCAGCCUUUGUGCAUACCUAUGCUCAUAUUGGGUCUGUGAAGAAUCGGCCAGGCCAAGCGUGUCAGCACAAAAUAGGAGGACAAGUUUAGAAGUGCACAUCUGAAAUGAAAGUUCAGAUGCUAAGAGGUGCAUCAUGCAGUAUAGGGUUACAGCAGCUGAAUCUGGGUAUAUGACUGAAAGAAUGGCAGAAUGCAGGCCCAGGCCUCACCCAGAGACAGCUGCCAUUCCCCAGAGGCUGUACCUGAAUGUAUUUGGUCUUUCUACACUCCAGGCUUUGUAUUCCCAUGCUAACCAAAGCUGCUUCCCUGAACACAUACACACCAUGCUGAACCAUAAGCUUACUGGGAGGAUCCUUUUUAUAAACAGAAGCAGUUGCACUGACAUUUGUUCCAUAAUGGAAGCUUUUGGGCCAGUGAUGUUGCAUUUGCUAUUAGCAGAAGAGGAGGAAGAAAGAGAGAGGAAGCAGCAGAGACAUAUUGGGCGGGCACCUGUACAAAGACCCAAGGAUAAAGCCUUGCCUGUAUCUGCACACAAGCAGCCAGUACAUGGCAUGAGACGGACUCCAAAGCCCCGUGUAUUUAGGGAAAGGACAGGCCUGGAGGUGUUUACAGAAGAGGAAAUUAUCCAAAGAUACCGACUCAACAGGAGUGCAAUUAAUGAGCUGUACGAACUUAUAAAAGGGGACAUUGACCCACUGACCCAGAGGAGCCAUGCUAUACCUGGCAUGGUGAAAUUGUUAAAUUGCCUACAUUUCUUUGCUUCCGGCUCAUUCCAGACAAGGACAUCCUCCAUCGGAGGGGUGUCCCAGUCAGCAUUUUCCAGAUUUAUGGGGCCAGUAAUAGAUUCAAUAAAAAAACAUUUGAAAGCCUAUAUAUAUUUCCCAAAAGACAAAGCGGGGUGGCAGAGGGUAAAGCGGGGAUUCUACAGGAUUGCUGGGAUGCCACACGUAAUGGGGGUUUUGGACUGUAUGCACAUUGCGCUUUCACCUCCUCAUGAAAGGGAGGAGCUUUACAGAAAUAGUAAGGGUUUCCACUCUGUCAACGUGCAAGUCAUAUGUGACUGUAAAGGCAAAAUUUUAAGUAUCUAUUCAGCUUUUCCAGGGAGCUCACAGGACUCUGUUAUUCUGAAGCAGACUUCUGUGUAUGAGGCGUUUGAGAAUGGAAAACUCACUGGUGGAUGGCUGAUAGGUGGGCCAGGAUACACGUGCCAACCCUGGCUACUGACAGCAGUGGCAAACCCUACAACCACAGCCGAGGAUUCCUUUAAUGAAGCACAUGCACGUACACAUUCUGUUAUUGAGCGAACAUUUAGCUCGUUAAAAAGCCAGUUCAAAUGUUUAGAUAAGCCAGGGGGUGUGCUACAGUACAACCCGACCAGGGUGGCAGAUAUCAUUGUUGUUUGUUGCAUCCUGCACAACAUCGGAAUAAAGCAUAAUGUUCUUGAGAACUUUGCUUGUGAGGCUGAUGAUGAUGAACUGGAAGCUUUGCUCUCUGGCGAACCUGAACUUGGAGACAAUUCACUGGCAGUUCAUAGCAGGAUAAUCAAAGAUUACUUCUCUGGUCAGUCCUCGUGGUCUCAGCCUGAUACAGGGUGAACAAUAUAUGUAUAUUCGCGCAGAGGAAUUUUCGUUGGAAAAGCACUGGAAGAAACAGGGCUGUACCAUGGGGCUCAGUCAUAUAGACAUUGGGCUGAAAAAUACAUCACUUCAAUAAAAAAUAUAAAUGCUGCGUCUGUUGUUGUUUACUGUUGCAGUAUUUGUCCUUAGAUAACUACAUAUUGCUAUACUAUAUAACUAUAGAUUUUCCCAUUUUGACAUAUAAAAUAAAUGACUGAAGUACCAA